CAAACAACAGGGACUAAAAUCACAGUUUACUAAAAAAAUUGUCUAUUUAAAAAAUUUUAUACUCCCGUUUGAUGCAACGAUCUCUGCUCUCUCUCCCAUGGCUGAAGAGAGGAGAGAAUCGAAAUGGGAAGGCAAAGUCGUUGCAGAAGUAAGAAGUAUCACACCACAACAAGUAUGGCCUCUCUUGGAAGACUUCUGCAACGUCCACAAAUGGCUUCCGACUAUCGACACAAGCCGCCAUGUGGAAGGAGUCUACGGUCAACCAGGUCUCGUCAGGUACUGUGCCUCCACCCUAUCAUCAUUACCGUCUAACGGCGACGAUCAGACGCCUACGACUGUAGUCAAUUGGUGUCACGAGAAACUUCUGUCGAUUGAUCCCGUUCAACGGAGUCUGAGUUAUGAGAUCACGGAGAAUAACCUAGGGUUCACGUUUUACGUCGCUGAGUGGAAGGUGAUCGAAUUGAAGGGUGAUGAUAAUGCCGGAGGAUGCCGGAUCGAGUGGUCGUUCAGUUGUAAUCCGGUAGAAGGGUGGAAAUUAGAGGAUUUCAGUGGUUAUAUCGGAUCGGGUUUAGAAGGCAUGGCGAAGAGAAUCGAAAAGGAGCUUCUAGUUGCGACUAGUUGAAUUCUGGUACUGAAUCGUAUUCUGCAUCUUCAUAAACUCUAAUUGGUUCUUAUGGUAUUGUAUAAGAAUCCCUUAAUUAUGCUUGUUUUGGAAUAAGACCAGGAUCAAACCCUAAAAGAUGAUUGAAUCUUAAAAAAAUAAGGGGUAUGUUUGGAUUUCUUCAUACUUUUGAUCCAUCUUCAUUGGAAAUGUGACUGUAAAUUCUGGAUUUAGGUUAUGAAAGUAUGGAAGAGUAGUAAAA